AACAGGCAGAGCGAACGAUACUGCACUUUGACUCUCUCUCUCCCUCUCAAGCCACUCUAUUUUCUCUCUUUCUCGGCGAUGCGGUGGAUGAAUGCCCUAACCCUAGCUGGUAUGACUGCGAUUCCGUUUGUAUUCGAAACUCAGGACAUCGAAUUCGGGACUCCGUGGUGGUUCAUAUACGCCGGAGUGUCGUGUUUUCUCGUGCUUUUUGCUGGAAUAAUGUCAGGGCUCACUCUAGGUUUGAUGUCUCUUGGAUUAGUAGAGCUCGAGAUUCUUCAGAGAAGUGGAACUUCUACGGAGAAGAAGCAAGCAGCUGCUAUCCUACCGGUUGUUCAAAAGCAACACCAACUUCUCGUCACUUUGCUUUUGUGUAAUGCUUGUGCCAUGGAGGCUCUUCCUAUAUAUCUGGAUAAACUUUUUCAUCCCGUUGUUGCUGUUGUGCUCUCUGUAACUUUUGUUCUAGCUUUCGGUGAGAUCAUUCCACAAGCCAUAUGCUCAAGAUAUGGCCUUGCUGUGGGAGCAAAUUUUGUGUGGCUUGUACGUAUUUUGAUGAUCAUUUGCUAUCCUAUUGCUUACCCUAUUGGAAAGGUUCUAGAUGCUGUACUUGGGCAUAAUGAUGCUUUAUUCAGGCGAGCUCAAUUGAAAGCCCUCGUCUCUAUCCAUGGUCAAGAGGCUGGUAAGGGGGGUGAACUCACGCACGAUGAGACUACUAUCAUAAGUGGAGCACUUGACUUAACUGCAAAGACUGCAGAGGAGGCUAUGACACCGAUUGAAUCAACAUUUUCGUUGGAUGUCAAUUCAAAAUUGGAUUGGGAAGCAAUUGGAAAAAUUCUUGCACGAGGUCAUAGUCGUGUUCCUGUCUAUUCUGGAAAUCCAACCAACAUCAUUGGACUCUUACUGGUGAAAAGUCUUCUCACUGUACGAGCAGAAACAGAGACUCCAGUUAGUGCAGUUUCCAUCCGAAGAAUUCCUCGGGUUCCAGCAGAUAUGCCCUUGUAUGAUAUCCUCAAUGAGUUUCAGAAGGGAAGCAGUCAUAUGGCCGCUGUUGUGAAGGUUAAAGGAAAAAGCAAGAAAGCUCAACCUGCCUUCGGUGGAGAGAAGUUUGAAGAAAAUAACAGCAUUGAUGGGAAUUCCCAAUUAACUACCCCCUUGUUACCCAAGCUGCAUGAAAAUGCAGAUAAUGUGGUUAUCAACAUUGAUAAGGGGCCAAUGCCAACCACUACAAACAAGCAAAACUUUUUUCAACAAAAUGCUGCCUCAACAAAAAAUUUGACCCAUCUUUCAGAUGAUUAUGAAGAAGGGGAAGUAAUUGGCAUCAUUACGUUGGAGGAUGUUUUUGAAGAACUUCUACAAGAGGAAAUUGUAGAUGAGACAGAUGUAUAUGUUGAUGUACAUAACAGGAUCCGUGUGGCUGCUGCCGCUGCAGUUGCUCGGGCUCCUUCAAAUCGGAAGUUGACUGGUCAAAAGACUGCAGGAGGCCAAAGUAAGCAAGGUCAAGCCCCGAAGAAGGCAUUUGAUGAUGAUUUGCAUCCAACUAAGUUACCCUAACUACCUGUUCACCCUCUUCUUAAGCAAUAACAGAUGUUGUAGUUCUGACUGUUAAGAUAGCUCUGUAAAGUCCUUUAGUUAACUAGCUAGUGUAAUUUGGUCUAGUAUUCUCACUCUUACAUUACAUUAGUAAAUUAUAGUGCGUGAAUCUUGUUAAAUUUACUUGUUUUUUGACCAUCCUUUUCUUCAAAUAUGUUUACAAUUGAGCGGUGUGAUUUGGCUUUGCAAUGUUACAUCACAUGACAUGUUCUGCAA